AUAUUAGAAGGUUGCAAAAAUAAUAUAAUUAGGCAUUACCACAAUUGGCUGCUGGCAUUCUUGCACACAAGAUGGGUAAGCCUGUAACCCGAUCGCUUUCUCGUUCGUUGAAUGAACCCUUGUGUCCUGCACAAACCUCGUCAUCAAACACCUUCAAUAUCCCACCAACCAAAUUACACUUCCGACAAAGAAAAAUCCGAAAACCCUCCAUCAAGAAUAUCACCGCCACCAUAACCAAAACCACCACCACUUCCCAUCGCCUCUCCACAAUCACUAAACCCUUAUCCGUCACCGGCGAAAUUGACCGCGCUCUUCAACAUCUACAAAACUCGGACCCUCUCCUUAAAACUCUGAUAAGUGAUUCUAAACAACCCACUUUCGAAUCCAACACCUCCCCUUUUUUAUCCCUAUCAAGAAGCAUUCUCUACCAGCAGCUCGCUAUUAAUGCAGCAAAAUCAAUUUACACCCGCUUUCUCACCCUCUGCGGAGGCGAAUCCGGGUUAAAACCCGAGAAAAUCCUCUCCUUAUCUGCUCAACAGCUUCGAGAAAUCGGGGUUUCGGGUCGGAAAGCGAGUUACCUUCAUGAUCUAGCGGAGAAAUACAGAAAUGGGGCUCUCUCAGACUCUUUAAUACUUGAAAUGAAUGAUGAAAUGCUUUUGACUAGCUUGACUGCAGUUAAGGGAAUUGGGGUUUGGUCUGUGCAUAUGUUUAUGAUCUUUUCAUUACACAGACCUGAUGUCUUGCCGGUGGGUGAUCUUGGUGUGAGGAAAGGAGUGCAGAGUUUGUAUGGGCUUAAGGAGCUACCGCAGCCGUUAAUAAUGGAACAGCUUUGUGAGAAGUGGAGGCCUUAUAGGUCUGUUGGGUCCUGGUAUAUGUGGAGGUUAAUGGAAGCUAAGAAGUUGGCUUCUGGCUGAAAAGUCAGACUGUUGUCUAAGCUUUGGAUUGUUCAGUUGUUAUUGUAUCAAAGUUGGGCUCUGAUAUUGAGUUAUCGUUCUGGAGUCCGUCUCUGUUGUCAAUUAGCGACUCUAAGACGUUUUAGACCAGUUUUAUCACAUCUCAUACUACAGAAAUAUCAGACAGAAACAAAAAGGUGAUGUCUAACCGUUACAUUAUGAAUAGAAUUGCCUGAAGUGUAGAAAUGGACUUGUCACAUACUUGAUAACUUAGAGCACUUUAUGAUACAACAAAUCCUAGGUUCAAACACACUAAUUUUCUUCAGGUGUCCCAUUAGAGUAUGCUGAUAUUGAUUAUAUGUUUCUUGAGGUAAUUUGUAUUAUUUUACUAGUUUAGUGUGUUCUUAAUCAUGUGUUGGUGAUAGAGCUAAUUGAAUGUGUAACCAGUCAGAAGUUUGAAAAUUGUUAAUUGCUAAGGCCAAGUGCAAUAUGUUAAUAGUCUUAUGGUAAUGGUUAUAGUAUGAUAAUGAAGCGUUUAUGAAAAUACAAUGAGUUUCUCA